CGAGCUCAACAAAUUCAUGGACGCGGAUGCCCCAACCAAAGAGCACAACAAAUGGAAGAUUCUAGAACUCCGGGCGCUGGUUCUCGUCAGCCUUUUCCUCCAAGUCGUCCUCGUCGCCGUCGGAAGCCGGAGAAAAUACACAAAAAAAAAAUGGGUCGCCGCAAUCAUCUGGCUCUCCUACCUCUCCGCCGACUCCGUCGGCACCCUCGCCCUCGGCGUCCUCUCCCACGCCAAAGGAGACUCUAAAAACCUCUACACAAUAACCGCGCUGUGGGCGCCAUUCCUCCUGAUGCACCUCGGCGGCCCGGACACCAUCACCGCCUACGCCAUGGCCGACAACGAGCUCUGGCUCCGCCAUUUCCUCGGGCUGCUCGUGCAGGCCUCCGUGGCCGUCUACGUCUUCUACCGGUCUUUCACGCGCGCGCACUUGAAUUUCUUGUGGAUGCUGAUUUUCGUGGCCGGUGUUGUUAAGUACGGGGAGAGGAGCUGGGUGCUCUUCUCGUCGAGCAAGGACCGCUACCGCGGCUCGCUGGUGUCGCAGCCGGAUCCGGGGCCCAACUAUCCUAAAUUCAUGGACGAAAAGGUUUCGAAGGAAAAGGAAGGCUACAGAGUCUCUCUUGGGAAAGCCGUCGACCAAAUCUUCUCCUCGUCUCCGAUUUAUCCGGAUGAAGCAGGCGCUGACGAGACUUUCCUCUUGAACAAGGCGUAUUCUUUCUUCGGAACAUUCAAGAAGCUUUUCGCGGACUUGAUUCUCACCUUUCAGGACAGAAAAAUCAGCGUUGAUUUCUUUAAAAGGUUGGAAUGGAAGGAUGCUUUCAGCAUAGUUGAGAUUGAACUGGGAUUGGUAUUCGACUUGUUCUAUACAAAAUCGUCCUUUCUCUUCUCGCCAGCUGGGGUCGCUCUCCGAAUCUUCAGCUGCUCGUCGACCGUCGUCGCCCUCGUAACCUUCCACGUAAUCAGGGAAAAGGUCUAUCCCCAAACGGAGGUGAUUAUCACUUAUAUCUUGUUAGUGGGUGCUGUUUUUCUCGAACUGUAUGCAGUUUUGACACUUUUCGUGUCGGAUAGAAUGAAGAUCUUGUUGGCAAGGGACUGUAUGUUCUUAUCACUACUUCAAUACCUUGGGAUUGUGCCGGGGAGAAAGAGGUGGGCGAAUUCUAUGGGACAAUACAACGUCUUGAAUCAUUGUCUUAAAUAUAUGCCAAAGCGCCCUGAAGCCCGUUGGUAUCCUAAGAAGUUGCAUCCUGUCGUAGAGACGUUGGAUGAAUGGCAGGUGAAUUUGACUCAAUUUCUCGAGAAGUACUUAUUUGGGACGAACAAGCCUGUCCCAGACUGCUUAAAGAAACGGGUUUUUGAUGAGUUGAAGGAAAGAUCAAAAGAUGGUGAUAAGAAGAAGUUGAAAAGUUACUGGGAGGACAAGGUUCUCAUUGAUAAAGAAAUGGAAUGUUUCAAUGAGAAUGAUGAGGUUGAGUUCGAUCAGAGUCUUCUUGUGUGGCACAUGGCUACAGAUAUCUGUUCUCAUCACACCACAGUUGGUACGACAGAGUUGCGAGAGAAGGUGGAGAUAUGCAAGUUGCUGUCCGAAUACAUGGUGCACUUGUUGAUCAUGUAUCCUUUUAUGCUUCCGGGUGGGAUAGGACAAAUACGUUCCCAAGACACGUGUGCUGAGGCUGUUGAGUUCAUGAAGUACGAGGAGGUGUUGAGCAGGGAGAAGGUGUUCACUAUGUUAUCCAAAGUGGAUGUUGAGUUCAAACCGUCUGAGGUGAAAGGGGACAGAAGCAAGUCGCUCUUUUUCGAUGCUCAAAGACUUGCCAAUGCUUUGAGUAAGAUAGAAGACGACAUAAGAUGGGAGAAUAUCACACAAGUGUGGCUUGAUAUACUGACAUUUGCGGCAGUGCAAUGCAGAUGGAGUGAUCAUGCCGAGAAGCUAAGCCAAGGAGGUGAGCUCCUCACUCAUGUUUGGCUCUUGAUGGCUCACUUUGGUAUGACAGAUCAAUUCCAAAUUGCGCAGGGCUAUAUCAGAGCCAAACUGGAGUUGAACUAGAGAGAGAAACACUAGAUGAGUGCAAGUCGAAUGAUCAUCAACACGAGUGAAUGAAAAUUAAAAUGGUGAGAAUUUGCAUUUACGAUUACUGUCUUGGCAUUGCUCCAGUUGUUUCCCAAAUAAAUCAUGCUAUUGUAGUUCAAUGAUCAUGUUUUCCAUUUGUUGAAUUUCGAAGUGUUGUUGGGUGGUAAUAUGAUAUGGUCUGAACAAUAUUGCCAAUAAUGUGCAAACAGUAAAAUACUAGUUAAGACGA